CACAGGUAGGGAAAGUGGAUUUACAGAGUGAUAUCUUGGAUGAAAGUGCAGAAAAAUCUGACUGACUGGACGUCGACACGAUAAAUCCCAUAAGUGCUGAUAAAACUGAGGCAAAACUAGUUUUUGAUCAGUCCGGGUCAAAGGUUAAAUCUGAUCUCGUCAGUAACUUAAGACAGUCAAAAGAAGACAGGCAUGGACACUGAAAAAGAGCGUUUCUGUUUGAUGGAAGAUAAAAGUGCUCUUGGUCAACCGAAGACCCCGAACAUUUCUCCAGAGAGUAAUGGUCGUAGCAUCUCAGUGCAUGUACUGGAAUUUAAAGCAAGUCUUUUGGAAGCAGUUGAGGAGUUACAUAUACGUCGGGAUGCUGAAACCCGAUAUGAAGAGCAGAUUUGUAAACUUAUGCUGGAGAACCCAGAGUUAGAAUGGGAGAAGGAGUCUUUACAAAAUCAGAUCUCUAAAAUGUCAAAUGAGAAUUCGGAGUCACUUGCUGCUGUAAAAAAGCAGUUUCAGGCCCAAAUCAGAGGACUUGAGGGAGAAAAGGGGAAAAUCCAGCUUGCUGCUGAACUCAAGGACAAAGAGAUCACAAGCCUCAAAGAAGAACUAAAAUCGCUGCAGUUGCUCAGGUACAGUUUGGAGAAGAAAUUAGCCGAGCUGGAGCAGAAGUUGCAGUUGCAGACGCAGUUAAAAGACUGCCACUUGAAUCAACUGGGAGAGGUGGAGAGGCGCUUUGUCGCCGUAUCCAGACAGUGCACCGCGUUCAAACAGGCCCACGAGCAACUCGAGCAGAAUGUUGAAGAGGCCAUGCGGAUUAAUAAAAAGCUCACAUCCAUCAAUGAAAAACAAGAAUCUACUAUUAAAGCCUUAAAAGAGGAUCUGGAGAGACUUAACAAAGAGCUGGCAGCAUUUAAAGUGUCAUCAGUCCGCAGACCUGAAGAAGAGCAUCUACAACAUGUUUUGAAAGAACAACAGCUUCAGCAAUUUCAACAAAGGCUCUUUGUGGAAACCGAACUUAACAAGAAACUGAGAAAUGAAACUGCGACAGAGAGGGAAGAGAAGCAGGAGGUUCUGAGAUCCCUCCAGCAUACUCAGCGUUUGCUACAGACACAGACAGAAGCUCUGAGCCAAGCAGAACAGGAACUCAUCACUCUCCGAGAGGAAUAUAAGCUCCUUAAAGCAGAACACGAAUUGGACCAGGAGAGGACCAGAGAAGACCAGGACAGAUUCACUCGGCUAAAAGACGAGUACCAAAAUUCAAAGCUUGAUUGUGAGAAAAAGAUGUUGCUGUUGCAAAAGACAUCAGAGGCGGAUCAAGUUGAGCUGAAAGCUGUGAAAGAGGCUUAUAAUCUGCUUCAGGAGGAGAAUAAACUGCUGUCUGCUUCUGUAGAUCAUAACAUUGAAGAUAUUCAGGACUCUGAGAUUAAUUUGGAAGAUCAAGCUCUGGUAAAUAGAACAAUUACUGAUAGUUUUCACAAAAAUGAGUCUUUGGAAAUCAAGGAGGGGUUGAAUAGUGAUGAUGGUGAACCAGCGAGACGCUUUCCAGAUGAAAGCUCUGCUGACUGUCAGACGAAUAAAGUAGUCGGCGGCUCUCAUGAUGAAAGCAGUUCAAUGCAGGUGGAUCCAUUAACUGAUGUUUCACCAUCCACAGCACCAUUGGAUUCACAAAUGUCUGAAAAGAUCUCAGGACCUGAGGAAGUCAUUGCCGUAACAAAUCAGCUGUCAAACUUGUGUGCUGAAACAAAACCGAUUGUCUGUGAAAGUGAGACGGUCUGCAGUGCAGUUGAUAAAGGUUGCCCAUCAAACCAAGCCCGAAGUGACACAGACUGUUGUCUCCCCGAGCUAUCAGGGCCUGAAACCAGGUCUGUUUAUGAGGUAGAUGGUGACCCUUUGGCUUUGGAACAGAAAGAUGGAACGCUGGGACCGAAUCUGUGUAUCUCAGAAGUGACUGAACCCCAGACAUCAGAUAAACAUAUAGACGGCCAAAAAUGUGGUACAAAAGAGUGCAGAGAAAUCAAAGACGAGUCUGUUGCACCUGAAUUUCUCCAGAGUCGUUCGCAAACAGAAGAUCAAGCAAGUAUGGAGAGACUUCCAGGAAACAAAAUGUGCGACGUACCAUAUGUGACUGAGGAUGGGAUUGUACACCAACCGAAUCCAUGCCAAGAAACCACACAACAGGAACCAGAUGCAUUAACAGGUACCCAAACAUUAUUAGAGGAUCACAACUUACCACCCGAAUUGAUCUCCACACAUUCGCAAGCGGUUGGCUCACCUGAAGCAAACUUCGAUGAAGUGGAUAUGGUGGAAUUGAAACAAGUGCCUCUUAACCCCAGCACAAUGGAGUCUGCAGUUCACAACUCACCACCCGAAUUGAUCUCCACACAUUUGCAUACAGUUGGUUCAGCCGAAGCAAACCUCGAUGAAGUGAACAUGGUGAAAACGAAACAGGUGCCUCUUAUUGCCGGCACUAUGGAGUCUGCAGAUCACAACUCACCACCCAAAUUGAUUUCCACACAUUCGCAAGUGAUCGGUUCAGCCGAAGCAAACCUUGAUGAAGUGAACGUGGUGAAAACAAAACAGGUGCCUCUUAUUGCUGGCACCAUGGAGCCCAUUUUGCCAACUGCAUCACCGUCAAUGGAGACGGUGGCCAUAUCAAAAAAUAAAGAUCAAAAGGAUGAUCCAGUUGAAUCAGUUUCCCUACUUUCCAACAUCACAAACCCAAGCCAAGAUCAUUCCUCUCCUGAUGGGUUUCACAAGGCGAAAGACCAAUCAGAUGUUGACCCAAAAUGCAUGUCAGUGGCAAGCACUUCAAACAAUACAGUAUGUAAGAGAUAUCGGCCAUGCUUUGCAUGGAACAGAUUUAUAAAAGACAAAAUGAACACGCAACCAAAAUGUGCAGAAAGUAAAGUUGAUCAUUCAGUGCAAGGCACCAGAAACAGCAAACUAGGAUUGGCCCCAACACCUUUAAAAUCACAACACAGGUCCUCGGGAUUUCACGGUUUGGAGUUUGUUUCACCUUUUUCUGCUCCACGUUUUGCAAAAAAUAAAGCUGUGAUGAGGACGCCAGACAGGUUAGACGCUCCGACCAAGCGUCCGCACCAAAAAAGCGACUUUCGAGGAGAAUGGAAUGCAAUCAAGCAGUCUUUUUCCGAGAUGCUUGCAGAGAAGGACAAUCGAGUUUUUAUCUCCUACAGUUCGACUAUGGGUGGCAACCCAGGCUCUUCUUCUGUGGGUAAUGGGCUGCGACAGGACGGCACUCCUACCGUUUCUCCUCCCAAACUUCAGAGCCUGGAGACGGAUCUUCAGCCUGAGGUUGAAGGGGGUACAGCAAAUUACAAAGGCAAAGAGGAACAAAAUCAAUCGGACACAGUGGCCCAAAUUGCGAAUAUCGAAGAACGGAUGAACUCGACGGAAGGUUUAACACCUCAGAAAAUACGUAAAAUUGAAUAAAAUGUAUUCAUAAUUAUUACUUUGCAAUGGCAUGCGUUGCAUGCUUUAGUUAGUGCAUAUAUGCUUAUUUAUUUACACUCCAUGUGAUUAGAUACUGCGGUAUAAAUGAGGUUAAUGUUAAUUGUUAACUACAUUUUUAAAUAAAUGUUUACAGUCUUAACUUAAUUUUUUUAUUCGCUUCCUUAAAGGGUCAGGCGUUAUAUGUGCAUCUGUUGGUGCACGCAUCACGUCGCAACCUAUUGCUAAACAUGGAAAGUGCUAGACAUAAAACCUGUUAAUUGCUCUGUACAAGCUAAUUAACACUCAUUACUCCCAGACCUGUCGUUCUUUGGAGGGCAUUUAAUGGCCAAACAUUUACAAUGUACAUCGGUACACAAACUGUGGCCAACUAUAACUUGGGGUAAUUAAAAUGCACAAGUAAAAAAAUCAAUUAGCGCAUAUUAAGCCAAAUUAACAAAUGCAAAUGAAUCUCCCAUUAAGUUUAUGUCCUCCGUAAAUAGGCUGUGGGGACCAUGUGGGCACAUGUUAGGCCGACACACGUGACAAAAUAAUAUGUCGCAUAUGGUGACACUGGUCAUGGAGAACAAGUGCGAGUUGGGCUGCAACUGAGAUAUGGUUUUUAUAGUUAAUGCGUAAAAUUUGGGCUUCAGAAAGAAAUUAAACUAAACUUGAAAGUGGAUGCUUUCAUUUUUUAAUAAAAUCUUUCAUGCAUUAAACUCAUUAAACUACGUCGUGUGCUAAUGCUACUUAACUGAAGGUAGCUGGUCCAUUAUUUUUUUAAUAAGCUAUAUUUUGAAGGCUAUAAACAAGUUGAGUUUCUAUCUCGAAUUACAGCCUCACAAAAACACUUUCUCUUCAAAAGUACUAAAAUCAGCCAGCAGAAAGGAAAUGCACAACUCCCGAUGAUAGCACAAGGUCCCUCUGAGGUUCACCUUAAUACACUUACUCAUUAUUAAUAUGUCAAAAUGUUAAUGUCCUCGUAAAAGAAAUCUUAUGCGAUCCAGCCACUGUGCCAGCAGUACUGACCCUUAUCCUUAGAGGGAGUGGGCAAUAUGGAGUGCGUCAUUUUAAUACACACACUGGAUUAUGAAGUGGCAGUCCUUUGAAACAGUCAAUUACACUUGAGUGCGGGAGGGCCGUAGUGUUAAUUACAAGUCGGUUUUAUAUCGUGUGUAAAUACAGAGCCUGCUGACAUUCACAUUCCAUCACCGUGUCCUGACUGCCACAGCAAAUUAGCCCGACCCGUCUGUGUGUGCGCCAAUGUGUGUUCACUUAACUUUACAAUAACAUUCACCGAAAACAACUAUUAAAGCUCAGGAGACGAGAGCCUGUUUGCUGUUGCGUUGAAUUUUGGGGUCUAUGAAACGUAUGAAAUAUAUUGAUGACUCAUCCUGCACCAAAUUUUCGGCCAAUGAAAUGGUUCCUUUACUUAAAGGGAUAGUUCACCCAAAAAUGAAAAUACUUUCAUUUACUCACCCUCAUGUUGUUCUAAACCUGUAGGAGUUUCUUUAGUCUGAUGAACACAAAAGAAGAUUAUAAUACAUGAUGGUUAGCACAGAGGGGCAACUUUCCGAUCUCUCUGAUGAAGCCAAUACGGAAGUGAUUUAAACUGCAAUUCAUUGACCAGCCACUAGAGGCUGGCUCCAAAAGGGAGUCAAUUCCCAUAGACCCCAUUUUAAAGGGACACUCCACUUUUCUUGAAAAUAUGCUCAUUUUCAGGCUCCCCUAGAGUUAGGGGUUGUGUACACCAAAACUUUUACGCCGGCGGCCGUCGCAUGUUUUCAAUUGUUUCCAAUGGAAGCUCUGCGUUUUUCAAAUAAGCCAGCAGCUAGCGUUUUCUUCCACGCUGAAAACCGCCGCCCAGCGUUUUUUCCGCGCUCAGCACUGAGCACCGAGAGUUGAAAAAUUUUCAACUUUGGAUGAAAAGCUCCGCUCGUCAAUGUCAGUUCUCACGCGGCCGUCCAAUCACAGUGGAGGUGGGGCAGGACAAGUAUCACAGCAACCAACCGUCUCACAGCUGACGUAUCAGAGCUACCAAAGCGCUUAGCUGAAGAAAGCUGGCACUCAGCUGAAAAACAGCUGGCAUUCGGCGUUGUCCAGGCGUUUUCAGCCGCGUUUAAAAGUUUUGGUGUGUCCAGCCCCUUAAACGUUUGAUUUUUACCAUUUUGGAAUCCAUUCAGCUGAUCUCCGGGUCUGGCGGUGCCAGUUUUAGCAUAGCUUAGCACAAUCCAUUGAAUCUGAUUAGACCAUUAGCAUUGCGCUAAAAGGAACUAGGAACUAUACUCUCAUUCUGGUGUAAUAAUCAAGGAUUUUGCUGCCGUAACAUGGCUGCA